AUGGUGGCUCUGGACCCCCACCCCGAGCACCCGCUCCGGCCCCGCAGUGUCUCCAUGGUGGAACCGGGCCCCGUGAACACGGAUUUCGAGCUGAAGCUGAUGGAGGAGGUUUCACGCUCCGAGUUUCCCGGCACCGACCCGGCUACCGUGCGGUAUUUCAAGGACGUGUACUUGCCGGCUUCCCACGAGAUCUUCACCACACUGGGGCAAAGCCCCAGCGCCGUGGCCGAGGCGAUCGUGAACGUGAUCGGAGCCAGGCGUCCGGCUUUCCGCACGCAAACCAACCGCCUCUACACGCCGUUGGUGGCCCUCAAGUACGCGGAUCCCUCGGGGGACCUGUCCGUGCGGAAGAACAACUCCCUGAAGGAUUUCGUGGCCGUGGCCGGGCCCCUGGGGGUGACGCAUUUCUUGGUUUUCAGUAAAUCAUCCUCCAGCAUCAACUUCGUGAGUAACGCGAUCCCCCGCGGCCCGUGUGUGUGUGUGUGUCCCCUCCAGUACUCGCUGAUCAAGGACGUGGUCUCGUCCCUCAAGCGGCACCGCAUGCACGAGCAACAGUUCACCCACCACCCGCUGCUGGUCCUCAGCAAUUUCGGUUUCCAGCAGAUCCAGGUCAAGCUGAUGGCCAGCAUGUUCCAGAACAUGUUCCCCUCCAUCAACGUCCACAGGGUCAACGUCAACAGCAUCAAGAGGUGUUUGCUCGUCAGCUACGAUGCGGAGACGCAGCUCCUCGAUUUCAGGCAUUACAGCGUGAAGGUCGUGCCCGUGGGCGUGAGCAAAGGCCUGAAGAAGCUGCUGCAGGAGAAGUUCCCCAACAUGAGCCGCCUGGAAGACAUCAGUGAGCUGCUGGUGAAGGACAUAAACCUGUCGGAGAGCGAGGCCGAGCAGGACGGGACCCACAAUGUCCUGGAGCUGCCGCAGGCAUACGCCGGCCGAGGCAAUAUGAAAGCGCAGCAGAGCGCCGUGCGCCUCACCGAGAUCGGACCCCGCAUGACUCUGCAGCUCAUCAAGGUGGAGGAGGGCCUGGCGCAGGGCAACGUGCUCUACCACGGCUUCAUCCACAAGAUGGAGGCGGAGGUGAAGGAGAUCCUGGCGCGGAAGGAGGCGAAGCUGCAGCUGAAGGCGGAGCGGCAGCGGAAGCAGGAGGCGGAUGUGGAACGCAAGCGGCGGCAGCGUGAGGCUCACAGGGAGAGGAGCCUGGCGGGAAUCCGGAGGAAACGGCAGCAGGACGGCGACAGCGACGCCGAGGAUCCCGGUGCGCCGGAGCAGCAGGAUGCGGCCGAGCAGUCAGAGGAGAGCGAUAGGUGGCGCUCCUGGCACAGCGGCAUCGUCUACUCCUUCCACCUGGCCGUCAGCGGGAUGCUCUACUCCCUCUCGCUGCCGUUUCUGGCGGCGUAUUACUACCCGCCCAAGGACUGGCGCUACGGAGCGGUGCUGUGCAAGCUGGAACGUUUCCUUUUCAACUGCAACCUCUACGGCGGCAUCUUCUUCGUCACCUGCAUCAGCCUCAACCGUUACCUCGGCAUCGUUUACCCGCUGCGGGUCCACGGGCGGCUGCAGCCACACCACGCCAAGGCGCUGAGCGCGGUCGUUUGGGUGCUGGCCGGGGUGCUUUCGGCACCCACCUUUUUUUUUUCGGAGCUGCAAGAAGCAGAGGGUGGGAUCGAGUGUUUGGGGAGCGCGGCCCCGCAGCGGCUGCGGGGUUUUUAUCCCUACAGCCUGCUGCUGGCCGGGCUGGGCUGCGGGUUGCCCUUCCUGCUCACCGCCUCCUGCUACGCCGCCAUUAUCCGCACCGUUUUCCGUAAUCCUCACCUCAGCCGGCCGGAAAAGCGGAAGGUGGGAAUGCUGGUGGGGGCGGGAGUGGCUCUCUACGCCUUUUCCUACUUGCCCUACCACAUUUUCCGUAACCUCAACUUGGGACGUCGCCUGCUGCAACCGGGCACGGAGGACUGCGCCGUCUCCAGAACCAUCCACGCCACCGCUCAGGUCUGCAAGAUCCUCGUUAACCUCAACAUCUGCCUGCACCCGCUGCUCUACGCCACCCUGGCCAACAGCACGCAGAGCUGCUGCGGAAGGGGCGGCAGUAACGUGGGAGAAGGGGGAUUAAAGCCGAAACUGUAA